AUGGAUGCAAUACUAAAUUACAGGUCAGAAGAUACUGAAGAUUACUACAUGUUACUGGGAUGUGAUGAACUAUCUUCGGUUGAACAAAUCCUGGCGGAAUUUAAAGCCAGAGCCUUGGAAUGUCACCCUGACAAGCAUCCUGAAAACUCCAAAGCUGUGGAGACUUUUCAGAAACUGCAGAAGGCAAAGGAAAUUCUCACUAAUACAGAGAGUCGUGCCCGGUAUGACCAUUGGCGAAGGAGCCAGAUGUCAAUGCCAUUCCAGCAGUGGGAAGCUUUGAGUGAUUCGGUGAAAACAUCAAUGCACUGGGCUGUCAGAGGUAAAAAAGAUCUGAUGCUGGAAGAAUCUGACCAGGUUCAUACCAACCAGAUUGAAAAUAAGGAACGGAACAAGCAGAGAGAAAUAAAGAAAGAGAAGCUGGGUUCAACCACAGAGAAAAUGGAGCAAAAAGAAUCCAACUCCUUGGAGAAGUCAUUCUCCCCGCAAAAUCUGGAUUCUCCAAUCUUUUCAGAUGUGAACUCUUGGCACCUUCGUUUCCGCUGGUCUGGGGACGCUCCCUCAGAACUCCUGAGGAAAUUCAGAAAUUAUGAAAUAUGA